AUGGCUACGCCGGCGGUGGCGUCCUACUCGUUCUACGUGCGAUCGCUCAACAGUCUCGUGCAGCGUGGGUACGAAGACUCGCGCUGCCGCUUGCUCGUGCAGCGCCACCUGGAGCUGGACUCGAGCAAGCGGCCGCAGCAAUCGAUACUCGACGUGCCGGCGCAUGUUUUCAACAGCCGUUACGUCUUCGUGCCCACGCAGAAGUUCGACGACGUCUCGGUUAACAAGUUCAGCCACAUCACAUACCCUGAUCUUCUCAACCAGACCUGCUCGUACUGCUCCAGUCGCACGCUGCCGCUCGUCGUCAAGAUCCACCCUGCGAUCGACGGUCCGGAGAAGGCCCAGCAGCGUCGCCUCCUUCUGAGGCUGAACGAGAGCGCCUGCGGCUGGCUGCUCUUCGAGUCGAGCUCCUCGAUCAAUCUCCUCACCACGCACGCAAGGUUCACAGUCACACUCAAUGGCGGCACGCUCGUCGACAACUUCUACACGGGCACGCCCGUGCUAACGCUCGCGCGCUCGCUCUUCCAGCAUACCGAUGCGGUAGUGAGCCACUCCAACGUCCAGGCGGGGCUCGAGCGCAUGGCGAGCGUGACGUGGACUGAGACAAACCGAUUGCGGCAGCGGCAAGUCGCGUGCUGGAUCGAGCGCGCGAGCUUGAGCACCACCAAGACGCCGGCGGAGAACAUCGCCACCAUCGAAAUGCACCUACGCCACCACCACGGCGCGGCAGGGCUGGCAGUGUCUCUCGCUCCGGUGAACAGCUCGUGCGCUAUUUCGCCUCCGCAAAGUGGGUCGCAUGGCAGUGUUCAGCUCCCAACGUUUGGCAGCGCUACCUCGUAG